ACCAGUGGAAUGGCACUGGGGCAGAAUCACACUACAGUGAUGAGAUUCAUCUUGUUGGGCCUCACAGACCAGGCUGACCUUAAACAACUCCUCUUUGCUAUCUUCCUGCUGAUCUACUCCAUGACUCUGGUGGGCAACCUGGGCAUGAUAGACCUGAUCCGCACCAGCUCUCCCCUCCACACUCCCAUGUACUUCCUCCUGAGUGUGCUCUCCUUUCUUGACAUCUGCAACUCCUCUGUGUUCACCCCAAUGCUGCUGACCAGCUUCCUUACCACUGACCAGUCCAUCUCUUUAGUAGGCUGUGUGGUCCAGAUGGCCCUCAUGAUCCUCCAUGGAACAGGGGAGUGUCUGCUCCUGGCCAUCAUGGCCUAUGACAGAUUUGUGGCCAUCUGCUACCCCCUUCUCUACUACACUAUCAUGUCCAAGCACUUCUGUGUCCAGCUGGUUGUGGUCACCUAUGCUGUGGGUGUGUUCAUUUCAGCUGUACAGACAGGGAAUGCCUUCAGCCUACCUUUCUGUGGCCCCAACAUCAUCGAUCAUUACUUCUGUGACAUCCCUCCAGUGCUCCAACUGGCCUGCUCUGAUACCACCACAGCCAAUAUCAUCCUGCUCUUCUUCUCCACCUUGGUCACUGUCCCCACAGUGUCAGUCAUCUUGGUCUCUUAUGCCUACAUCCUGGUCACAAUCUGUAGGUUGAGGUCCCUGGAUGCCCAACGCAAAGCCUUCUCCACCUGUGCCUCACACCUCACCGCCCUCUCCCUCUUCUAUGGAUCUGUGUUCCUUGUAUAUGUCCAACCCAAUCCUGAGAGUGCUUCAGCCUACAACAAGAUCCUCACUGUGUUCUACACCAUAGUGAUCCCCAUGCUGAACCCCCUGGUCUACAGCCUAAGGAAUAAAGAUGUCAAGGCUGCUGUACAAGUAAGGGUUCUUAACCUAAGCCAAAAAGGAAUUUUUCAGAAAGCCAUCUAG